AAAAGGAAUGCUUCAAACUUAUCAAUGAACAGGAGCAGCUGCAGGUCAAGGAUGCAGAUGACCUGCUCAAGAAAAUGGGCUGUCAGAACCAGUCGGACCUCCAGGUCAAGGUGAUCUCCAUCUUUGGUAACACUGGGGAAGGGAAAUCUCACACCCUAAAUCAGAUCUUCUUUCGAGGAGCAGAAGUAUUUCCAACUAGUUCGAAUCAGGCAUCAUGCACUCUUGGUGUGUGGGGAGCAUUCGACCCCAACACCAAGGCCUUAGUCCUGGACACCGAAGGAAUGCUUGGAAUUAGUAGCAGUGCUAAACAACGCAAACGCUUGUUGUUAAAGGUGCUAGCAGUCUCCGACGUUAUCAUUUACCGAACUCGGUCGGAGCGGCUCAAUACUGACAUGUACAAAUUUUUGGCAGAAGCAUCACGAGCCUACACAAAAUACUUUCGUGAUGACCUAGAGGCGGUGGCCCGCAAAGCUGAGUGUGAUUGCAUUUUUGGUCCUCCAGUUUACAUCUUCCAUGAUACCCGACAUACAAGCGUUUUGAUGGGAGAUAAAGGUCAAAAACCAGAAGAACAGCUGAAGGAAAACUUCACAAAGCAGAAUUUAAAAAUAGAUGGGUUCAACAGCCUGCACUACAUUGGGGAACGUAACAACGGGAACGAAACGGACUUCAAGAGAAUCCAAGAAGCAGUUUUCAAUGAGAUACGAAACAAUGGAGUUCGUUCUCCCAGAAGACCAAAGAUUGUGUUAGACAUGUUAGAAACAAUAAAUAAAAAAUUCAGUGGGCAUAUCCAGAGUACUGAACCAGCAUUCCCUGAUGAAUACUUUACCUGUACAAGUGUGUGCUCUGCCUGCCAGUCUCGCUGCUGUCUCUUCAUGAACCAUGCAACUCAUGACAAUGGUUCGAAAGACCAUGAAGCUGAGCGGCAGUGCAAGUAUCACCAUCAGUUUGAAAAUAAGAUAUUCUUGUGCAAAAAAUGUGAUAGUGAGGGUGAAAGACGCAUUGUGGUUCCCAAAACAUCCUCUGCAAAAGACAAUACAUGGCUGGGUCUUGCCAAAUACGCUUGGUCUGGGUACGUCCUGGAGUGUGAAAAGUGUGGAAUCAUCUAUCGGAGCCGCCAGUAUUGGUAUGGAAAUGAGUCUCCUGACCGAUCUGUUGUGAAGGAAGAAUACCAGCAUGUGUGGCCAGGGAGUAUCAUGGGGAGUGCAGCUCAUGCAGGUCGGCAGGUCCUGGAAGGUGUUGCUGCUUUGGGGUCAGCACUGUCUACCAUCUCAGCGCCUCCAGCCAAGGUGGUGUCAUCUUGGCUCACGGAUCAGGUCAACCCAGCUUACUGGACUCCAAAUCAUCUCUGCACACACUGUAAGCUGUGUCAUGAACCCCUGACCACCAUUCACCACUGCCGUAAGUGUGGUGAGGGAUUCUGCGAUGCCUGUUCAGAUGCUACAAUGCCAGUACCAGAAAGGGGCUGGGGAGAUGAGCCUGUCAGGGUGUGUAAGAACUGCCUUCAAUCCAGAAAAAACCUGGAGGAGCAGGCUGAAGCCUUUGUCUGUAAUGGUGAUGACCGGACUGUUCGUGCUCGCCAAGUUAGUGAAGUCAUCUCAGGAACACUGGCAUCAGUGGCAAAAUAUCCCAUAGAAUUCCUGAAAGACACGACACGGCCAUCAUACUGGAUACCAGAUGAACUGAUAAAGAGUUGUAAUGUAUGUGGUAAAGCUUUUGGCCCGAGAUUGACCCUGCACCACUGCCGGGCAUGUGGGCAGGGGGUGUGCGAUAUGUGCUCCCCCAACCUUAGGCCAGUCAAGGAAAGAGGAUGGGAUCACCCAGUCAGAGUCUGCAACACCUGCAUCAAAUAGUGAACAGAUCAACGUAACUUUGGUAUAAUGUAUAUGUUUUAGGUAAAUUAUGCCGGCUAUUUUUUCAGAUUUUAAUACUGUCAUGGCAAAAACAAAUAAACAAACAAACACCCUCAGGAAAUACGCAUCAUUUUUUGGCACAUCUUAUAUGUGCCUGGUUGAUUUUUUUUCUUUUUUCUUUUUUUUUUAGGAUUUACUGUCAAGAAAGUGACCUUUGGAAAUAUCAUCAAUUUUCCUUAUUCAAUCCAGUGGUUUCUUCAAAAUAGAUUUAAAGAAUUUAGUGCAAUAAUUAUGAAAUGCUGUAACAAAAAUUUAUGAAUGGAAUUUAUAUACGUUUUCAUGAUGUAUUAUUGAUGAUAUCCAUAAUGUUGUCAGAUGUUUGUGCUUUACAACCUAAAGGCUGUUAUCACGUUAGAAAAUCUGUGAAGUUUAUAUUUUCAGUGCAGUUGAUACAGUGAGAUUAUUGUUUGGGUGUAUUGAUGAUUAUAAUGAGUAACCAGCUUAUCAGUACUGCUUUAAUUUUGAAACAAAUAUGAACUUUUGCCAAAAGAAGCUAACUCUGGAGACGCAAGGCUUCUUUGAGUGACAGUUGAUAAGAAAUUCUUAUUAUGCGUGUGAUUUUUUAAGUAUGGCCACACACGCCCCAGUUCAUAUAUCUCCUGCACUGAGUGGAGAGGAAAAUAUACUAAAGUGAUGGGAACAAAACUGGAUCUCAUAAAAGGAAGGUGUCACAGGCAACUUGGGGGUCUACGAGUGUGGCCACAGAUUUGGGAUAUUGAAGAGAAAGUUGUAGACAAUUCUAGUAUUAUAGUAUGUGUUGUGACCUGCAAGAUGCACAAGAUCCUCAGAUACUGGAUUCAUUUAAUGAUGCAGGUAUUUGUACCAGUGUAUGAUUGCCUGGUUCCUGUGUUUGUUUUAUAAUUUUGCAGAUAAUAGCACUUUUUUUUUCUCUUUUUUUUUUACCCUGCUUUUAAGUUUUGAUCAAUUUUGUUUCUGGCCAUUUAUCUACUCUUUAUAUACUGGAAAGGCUUGAAAUGAAAUUUGCUGUGUUUAAAUAUAAAAAAAGAAAAAAAUUCCCCUAUUAUAUUAUGUGAUUGAUAUAACAAUUUAUUUUUAAAUUUUUGUGUAAUACUAUUGGUGGUAUCACAGAAAAGUUAUUGAGCUUUAAAUUCAGUGUGAAAUUAGACACAAUAAGAUUUUCUGACAGCUUUUCAUGCUGACCAAUGAGUUGUGUAACGGAAAAACUUUAAUGCCUGAUAAAGGAGGUAACAAAUUUUUGAAAAAUAAUAUUGCCAGAUGGAGUGUCGGUAAUACAUGCCACCUUUGAAAUAAAACUCUUUUUUUGAUACAUAACAUUAUGAAGAACGGCUGUUGAUAAUGUAAUAGCCAUUUGCUCAUUAAAAACUGUCAUGGUCUAUCAUAUUUUUCCCAUGAUUAUAAUGAAUACUUUCAUAAC